AGUUAGCCCAUGCGCACGGCGUGUGGACUGAGUGCAGCUGUUUCGUUCCGAGCAGAGCCCAACAUGUGAGAAGAUGUCUGUUGGAGGUUGUGCUUGUCCCGGCUGUUCGUCAAAGUCAUUCAAGCUGUACUCUCCUAAGGAGCCCCCCAACGGCGGCAGCUUUCCCCCCUUCCACCCAGGCGCUAUGCUGGACAGAGAUGUGGGGCCUACACCCAUGUACCCCCCAUCAUACAUGGAGCCUGGAAUGGGGAGACCCACACCAUACGGGAACCAGACAGAUUACCGGAUAUAUGAGCUGAACAAGAGGCUACAGAAUUGGACAGAGGACUGUGACAAUCUCUGGUGGGAUGCAUUCACCACAGAGUUUUUUGAGGAUGACGCCAUGCUUACCAUCACUUUCUGUCUGGAAGAUGGACCAAAACGAUACACCAUCGGCAGGACGUUGAUUCCACGAUACUUUCGAAGUAUUUUUGAGGGGGGCGCCACUGAGCUGUUCUAUGUUUUGAAGCAUCCAAAGGAGUCUUUCCACAGUAACUUUGUGUCUCUGGACUGUGACCAGUGCACCAUGGUGACCCAGAACGGCAAGCCCAUGUUCACACAGGUUUGUGUGGAGGGUCGCUUGUACCUAGAGUUCAUGUUUGAUGACAUGAUGCGGAUCAAGACGUGGCACUUCAGCAUCAGACAACACCGAGAGGUCCUACCCAGGAGCAUUUUGGCUAUGCAUGAUCCCCAGAUGCUCGAUCAGCUGGCUAAAAAUAUCACCAGAUGUGGGCUGUCUAAUUCCACACUCAACUACCUCCGUCUAUGUGUGAUAUUGGAGCCCAUGCAAGAGUUGAUGUCCAGGCAUAAGACCUACAGCUUGAGCCCCAGAGACUGCCUGAAGACCUGCCUGUUCCAAAAGUGGCAAAGAAUGGUAGCACCUCCAGCUGAGCCAGCUAGACAAGCUCCAAACAAGCGGCGGAAAAGGAAGGUGUCUGGUGGAAGCACGGUGAGCUCUGGAGGAGGCAGCAAUAACAACAGCAACAGCAAAAAGAAGAGUCCAGCCAACAGCUUUUCACUCUCCAGCCAGGUACCUGACCUGGUUGGAACAAAAACCUGUACAGUGCCGGAGCUUGAGGACCGGAGUUGAGAACCACUACGCUAAAUCUUAAACAGCCACCCACACACACACACACACACACACCUCUCACCCAAACACUGACACACACACGUACGCACGCACGCACACAUACAUACACACACACACACCUACAACUACAGCAUAAAACAUUGAGGUACUGGAGAGAGGUGGUACGCAGCAGCAUGUCUGGACCAGAGCACCAGACUCUACAGAAGUGUGUUUUCGUUUUCUAUGGUUUAGACUUGUUUUGAAUUUUUUUUUUUAUUUUUGUAAACAAUUUCUAAAAAAUAAACAGACAAGCAAGCAAACAAAAAACACCCCAGAAUAUUCUUUGCACUGUUUUCCACUUAUUAACUCCAAUCUAUUUUUCUUAUGAAUUGAUGGUGUAUUUUUUUUCUUUUCUAUUAUUGCUAAUGUAAGAACUGUAAAACAUCUGAAACCUGCAGUAUAUUAAUGUAUAAGUAUUGCUGUUAGAUCAUUCUUAUUGUGAUGGUAAUAACUUUCAUGUAAGUCUGUGCUUAAUAUAAUGUCAUCCAUCUGUGUCGGACAUCACACUGUCACCAGGUCCAUUGGCUUCAGUUGGGGAGAUCAAGGCUAGUGUAAUACUGUACUGCAUCUUGUUUGAUGUGAGUCCAAAGCAGCACACUGGAAACCACUUUCCUCACUAAAUUGCUAUGAUGCGCCUGGUUUGGAUCUGUUGACUUGUCAUCGCAGAACUGUUUGCUUUGUCUCGAAAUCUCUUUCUGGGGGGGUCCUCUCUUCAGAGAACAUAACUGAAAACUUCUCAAAUUUGCUACUCAAAAAUAUUUUAAAAACAAGUUUUGACAGGAUUGUAAAAUAAGAAAAAAAGACUUUUGUAUUAACUUAAGUUUCCCAGAAAUGUUUUUAAUCACAAUUAAGAAAGCUGCAGACCAAGGAGCUACAUGUAAAGAUUCUUUAGAUAUUGAUUACACUGUGCUGUUUUAUGUUCUAUGAAGAAUCAUUUUGUUGGCUUUACUCCUCAUGUUUGUGUCUGUGCUUGUAUAUUUUUAGGUAGUAAUUUCUGUAAAAGUUAUUCUAUGUAUUCCUCCCUAGAACUAUGAGAAACUCAAUCUAAUGUAAAGAGAUGAAAAGCCUCUUAAAAGUUUUUUUAAACGUGAUUUUUAAUGGUACAAUCACUGAUAAAAGAAUUUUGCCCUCAUUUUAGCAAACUGUAUUUAUUUUUCUAUGUACUGACAUUCUGUUUAGGUUCAACCCACCUGUACAAUACUCAUGCUAAUAUAUGGAGGGGUGUGUGUGGGGUUGCUGAGUCAGUUAAUGCUAAUAGAGGUCAUUCCAUUACUUGUGUUUUUUGACAUGCAGCUCCCCGGUUGUUCUGGCCUGUUUGGUUCAGUUUGUUCACAUUAAAAAGAUAUUUAAUAUCCA